AUGCGUGCUAUUGAUAAUUUGAAUUAUCUUCGACCAUUAUUAACAUCUUCAUAUUCAACAUCAAACAAUACAACGACACUCACUACAUUACAUCUCGGCAACAAUAGACUCAGAGAUGUUGGAGCACAGCCUUUGGCUGAUGCAUUAAAACACAACACAACACUCACCACAUUAAAAAUCGUCGAAAACCAAAUUGGAGAUCUUGGAGUAGCAUAUUUGGCUGAUGCAUUACAACAUAAUACGACACUCACCACACUGGAACUUUGGGAGAAUAGCAUCGGCAAGCUUGGAGCACAAUUUUUAGGUGAAGCAUUACAACACAACACGGCACUUACGAAAUUAGAUCUCGCCUGGAAUGCAAUCAAAGAUGUUGGAGCACAAUCGUUGGGUGAUGCAUUAAAACACAACACAACACUCACUACAUUAGAUCUCGGCAGCAAUAAAGUCGGGAAGGCUGGAGCACAAUCUUUAGGUGAUGGAUUACAACACAAUACAACACUGACCUCAUUAAGACUCGUCGACAAUAAAAUCGGGCAAGUUGGUGCACAAUUUUUGGGUGAUGCAUUACAACACAACAAAACACUGAACACAUUAAAUCUUAGCGACAAUCAAAUCGGAGAUAUUGGUGCACAAUUUUUAGCUGAUGCAUUAAAACACAACACAGCACUGGCUAAACUAGAUCUCGGCGGCAAUAAAAUCGGAGAUAUGGGUGCUCAAUCUUUGGGUAAUGCUUUAGAAGACAACAUAACACUCACCGAAUUAGAUCUGAUGGAAAAUGAAAUCGGAGACGUUGGAGCACACUUUUUGAUUGAUGCAUUACAACAUAAUACAAGACUCAUCAUACUAGAUCUCACCGGUCAUAAAAUCGGAGAUGCUGGAGCACAAGCUUUGCGUGAAGCACUACAACACAAUACGACACUCACCGAAUUAAAUCUCGGCUACAAUAAAAUCGGAGCUGCUGGAGCACAAGCUUUGGCUGAAGCACUAGAGCACAAUACAACAAUCACCACCCUAGAUCUCGCCGGUAAUAAAAUCGGAGAUGCUGGAGCACAAUCUCUGGGUGAUGCAUUACAACACAACAAAGUAGCACUCAUUCCAUCUUUAUAUAAACCAUGUCUUUAA